GCGGGAGCUCGCCUUUCUUUUUCUCCUGGGCAAGGCAAGCGAGCGGGCGGUGUGCAGCCAACAUGGGCAGGACAGUGACCCUGGCCACGUGCGCCCUGAAUCAGUGGGCGCUGGAUUUUGAGGGCAACCUGGAGAGGAUUUUAAAAAGUAUUGAAAUUGCUAAACAAAAAGGAGCAAGAUAUCGACUUGGCCCAGAACUGGAAAUUUGUGGUUAUGGCUGUUCAGAUCAUUACUAUGAAUCCGACACACUCUUGCAUUCAUUUCAAGUUUUGGCUAAGCUUCUGGAAUCUCCUGAUACUCAGGACAUAAUAUGCGAUAUUGGGAUGCCUGUUAUGCACCGGAAUGUUCGUUACAAUUGUAGAGUAAUUUUUCUAAACAAGAAACUUCUUCUGAUACGGCCAAAGAUAGCGUUGGCAAAUUCAGGAAACUACCGGGAAAUGAGAUGGUUCACUCCUUGGAAUAGAUCACGGCAUGUAGAAGAAUAUUUUCUUCCAAGAAUGAUACAAGAGAUUACAGCUCAGGAAAGUGUUCCAUUUGGUGAUGCGGUACUAGCAACUUUAGAUACUUGCAUAGGGACUGAAAUCUGUGAAGAAUUAUGGAUACCAACCAGCCCUCACAUUGAAAUGGGAAUUGAUGGAGUGGAAAUCUUCACAAAUUCCUCUGCAAGUCACCAUGUGUUAAGAAAAGCGCACACUCGAGUGGAUUUGGUAAAUUCUGCAACAGCAAAGAAUGGAGGGAUCUACGUCUUGGCAAACCAGAAAGGCUGUGAUGGUGAUCGCUUGUAUUAUGAUGGGUGUGCCAUGAUAUCUAUGAAUGGUGACACUGUUGCUCAAGGACUUCAGUUUUCACUGGAUGACAUAGAAGUCCUUGUUGCCUCUUUGGAUUUAGAAGAUGUCAGAAGUUAUAGAGCAGAAAUAUCGUCCCGAAACCUAGCAGCAAGCAAAGCGACUCCUUACCCUAGAAUAAAAGUAAACUUUGCGUUGUCCAGUUCUGAUGAUAUAUGCAUACCUACAAGUGAACCAAUCCAGUGGAAGUAUCAUAGUCCUGAGGAAGAGAUCAGCCUAGGUCCUGCAUGUUGGCUUUGGGACUAUUUAAGGUGUAGUAAACAGGGAGGAUUUUUCUUGCCACUUAGUGGUGGUGUGGACAGUUCUGCUGCAGCCUGCCUUGUCUAUUCCAUGUGUCGUCAGAUUUGUUACGCAGUAAAAAAUGGAAAUCAGACUGUUUUGGAUGAUGUGCGUAGAAUUGUAAAUGAUGAUAUCUAUAUCCCAAAGGAACCCCAGGAACUGUGUGGACGCCUUUUAACAACUUGCUACAUGGCUAGUAAGAAUUCUUCACAGGAUACUUACAACAGAGCCAAGUCUUUGGCUAAAGAAAUAGGCAGCUAUCAUAUCAACGUAAGUAUAGAUGGAGCAGUAAAGGCCAUUUUGGGGAUUUUCAGUGCUGUGAUGGGACGAUUUCCUCAGUAUCAAGUGCAUGGAGGAAGCCCGAGGGAAAACCUGGCUCUACAGAAUGUGCAGGCCAGAAUAAGAAUGGUACUCGGCUACCUGUUUGCCCAGCUGUGUCUGUGGGCUCGUGGAAUGCCUGGUGGAUUGUUAGUGCUUGGAACAGCUAAUGUGGAUGAAAGCCUUCGAGGAUAUUUCACAAAAUAUGACUGUUCCAGUGGUGACAUCAACCCUAUUGGUGGAAUUAGCAAAACAGAUCUGAAAAGCUUUAUCCAAUACUGCAUUGAGAAUUUUCAGCUAACAUCCCUUGAAAGUAUUAUAUCUGCACCAGCAACAGCAGAGUUGGAGCCACUGCAGAAAGGAAACGUUACUCAAGUAGAUGAGGCAGACAUGGGUAUGACGUACGCUGAACUCUCAGUCUAUGGUAAACUAAGGAAGAUAGCUAAGGCUGGACCUUACACCAUGUUCUGUAAACUGGUCACAAUGUGGAAAGAAAUAUGUUCUCCAAGCGAGGUGGCAUCAAAAGUUAAGCAUUUCUUCCAAAUGUAUUCAGUCAACCGACAUAAAAUGACUACCCUUACUCCUUCCUAUCACGCUGCCAACUAUAGUCCUGAUGACAAUCGCUUUGAUCUGAGACCUUUCCUUUACAAUUCUGCUUGGUCCUGGCAGUUCAGGUGUAUAGAUGAACAGGUUUCUAAACUAGAAAGUAAGAAAGUGAUGGACUUGAACCUUCAGAUCAAAGACUUCAUUUGAACUCUCUGUCUUGCUGCUUGGGAAAAUUGAAUAAUAUGAAGAUCAAAGAAUGAGGAUUAUUUAAAUAUUAAUAGUUCUUUUUAAAUAAUCAAUACAAAUGUUACAAUUUUUACAUUUUAAAACUAAAGAUGUUAAUCCAGAACUUUUUGAAUAGACAUCAUAUGUUAUGUUUUGUCUUAAACUGGGAUUCUAGAAACUGUAUUCAUAUAAAAUCUGAAGAAAAGCUGUUUUCUUGUCACACAUCUUCUAAAAUCUGUAAUCCAACAAAGUAGGAUUUCAGCUGUACUUCAUAUUGGUUAUAUUCUGUGCUACGUAAGGAUUCUUGCAUUUACACGGUGAGAGUUUUCCUUGCUGUCUCUAUUUAUUCCUCAAAUUGCCUAAUAGUUAAGAGCAAAUCUGGGAAGUGCUACAGAGAGGGAAAAUCCAAUUUGUUCCACACUGGCAGAUGAAUUCAAUGCAUGAACAGCCAUGUAUGUUAAUAGAUACAAGUUGGUUAGACAAUAUUAUUGUCAGCUGUCCCAUAACUUUGAUUAGUAUAUGUUCAUAGGCAAAUGAGCAUAAACUAAUUUUUUAACAGAUAAAUGCAAAUAAUUAUGGAGUCAGCACACUGGAGUUUGUCAAACAACAUGGUCAGCUGCUGAAAAUCUAGUUGGUAUAUGUAUUCAAAAGUAGAUCCCACUGAGACUUUCUACUUGAUAAGUAUGCAUUGGAUUGCAGUCUAAAUUAUGUAAAUGUAUUAUAUUGCUCCAGUUGUAUGGUGGCAAUUUUAAGAACAUGAUUAUUAGGCGGGUUGGAGGUUUUAGAUGAAACAGCAUGUGGAAAACUUUGAAGCUGUCGGAAUAAAUCAGAAUAAUUAAUAUGACUGACACCAGUCAUAGCAGCUCAACUUUUUGUUUGGGAAAAUAUCUGCCCUCUAACGAACAGACUGCAUACAAUCUUCUUUUCUAUCUAGUCUAGUCUAGUCUAGUCUAGUCUAGUCUAGUCUAGUCUAGUCUAGUCUAGUCUAUAUUACUAUA